UUGGUAACGGUUUUCACUUGAUUUUAUUGUCAAAGGAAAAUAUAAAUAAAUAGAAAAAAGAAAACAAAAUAAUCAUGUUUCGCCGUGGAAAACUAUCUUUCCUGAACACCAAGGAUGAUCGCAUUAAAAUAAUCAACGAACGUAUCAACAUAACAGAACGACAUUUGAUGGAGAUGUGUUCUUCAUUUGCUUUGGUAACAAGGAAAAUGGCGAAAUAUCGCGAUUCCUUUGAUGACUUGGCCAAAAAUGUAAAGAGUUAUGCAGAUGAUGAGGAAAUCAACGAGAGUCUCUGCCAGGGACUAAAGAGCUUCACCAAUGCGGUUACCAUUAUGGGGGACUACAUGGACAUCAAUGUUCACCGGUUGGAACAUAAGAUUGUCAAUGAAUUGGCGCAAUUCGAGCAGCUCUGCAAGUCCACCCGGGACAAUCUCCGCCUGGCUGUUAUAGCCCGGGAUAAGGAGGUUCUGCGUCAAAGGCAGAUGCUGGAGCUAAAGUCAAAAUUUUCAGCCAACAAUAGUGCCGCUGAUUCAGAGCUUUUUAAGGCCAAAAUGGAGGUGCAGCGCACCAACAAAGAGAUUGACGACAUCAUCGGGAAUUUCGAGCAACGGAAGUUACGUGAUAUAAAACAGAUUAUCACCGAUUUCAUCCUGAUCUCCAUGAAGCAGCACACCAAGGCUUUGGAGGUCCUCAGCGCAAGUUACUAUGAUAUAGGAAACAUAGAUGAACGCGACGAUUUUCUAGAGUUCCAGAAGCUUAUGAAAACGAAAGAAGAACCCACUCCCCGCAAGGCUGCAUUAAAGAAGGGUCUCCGAUCACAAUCCAUGGAUAGUUUGGAUCACGAGCACUUGGUGAGUCCACUGCAGAGACGCCAAAAGCUAUCCAGGAGCAGCAAAAAUUUGGCAGGAGCUGGAAUUAGCCAUGGUAGUAAAACAGAACCCGAAGAGGAAACUGACGAGCAAGAUGAGGAUGAUGAUGAUGAUGAGGUAAGCUAUGGGCAAACACUUUCUAUCCCUUAAAAUAUAAUUAAAGAAGAAGAAGAGGAAUCUGGAUCCGCAACAGAUGAUGAAAGGGAGCCGACACAGCCGAGCAGCCAGGUCACUCCCCGAGAAAAUGUGUUUGGGGCUAAAAUCCGAACCGCUGGCAAAGAAAGCAAUACGCCCUCGACCAGCGCCAGUGGGACUUCUGCUCCUUCGAAACCCAUCAGACAAACAGUCAAACAUCCUUUCAAGGCGGUGGCCUCCACCCAUGUAAGGCUGCAGAAACAGUUCCACGUGCCCCAGCACUAGCACUGAAAAUUCAAGAGCUCCUAGAGGUCACAUCAGUAUUGCAGACUGAAUUAGUCACAUAUGA